AUGGCCACAACACAGCCAAACGCCUCCCUCUCCACCCAGAAGUCAGAUUCCGGCCUCGAAGUUGCCCUCCACCCUCUGGUCCUUCUGACGAUCUCCGAUUAUAUUACGAGGCAUACUCUGCGCAACCAAAUCGGGCCCAUCAUUGGAGCUUUGCUGGGUCAGCAGAAUGGCAGAGAGGUCACCCUCGAGCAUGCCUUCGAAUGCAAAGUCCAGGGCGGCUCUAUAGACCCUGAAUGGUUCACGACCCGCUUGCAACAGAUGAAGGAUGUCCAUAAGAAUCCCCCGCUCGACUUUGUCGGCUGGUACACCCUCAUUGCCUCGUCUGGGCCCACAGACUACCACCUCGCCAUCCAAGAGACACUAUCGAACCUCAAUGGUCCCGAAACCCCAUGCAUCCUCCUUGGCUUCCUCCCCAGCGAAUCGCUAUCCAAAUCCUCCAACGAAGCUCUUCCAAUUACAGUCUAUGAGUCUAUAGCCAAGCCCGCCGACACCAUGGCUGCUGGUCAGGAUGUCGAAAUGGAACAGAACGACUCCUCGCCCAGGAGCGUUUUUGCUGAGCUACCAUACGUUAUCGAAACGGGUGAGGCUGAAAGAAUAGCCAUCGAUUUUGUUGCCAGGGGUGGAGGAAAUGCCACAGCUGUCUCAUCAUCGACCCAGAAGCAAACAAACGCAUCCGAGGAGAGCAACAAGGGCAAGAAGCGAGCGUCAGAUGAUACGGCGAAGGAUAUAGAUGUCAACGACAUCCUCUCCAAUGAAGAGACGGAACUGAUUACAGCUUUGACUGCGAAGGCAAAUGCGGUCCGGAUGCUACAGUCAAGGAUCAAGAUUAUUCAGAAAUACCUGGAAUUACAACCUCCGGCAGACACAACGGGCCAGCGGUCCGCACCUGCGCAAUCCUCCCAUCUUGAGUCAUCCCCUGAGAUUCUCCGCAGCAUUGCAGCGUUAAUAUCCCGCCUCCCUCUCGUCGUGCCCUCAUCAUCAAAAGACACAGAGACCGACACCUCGAAAUUCGACCACGACCUUCUCGCCUCACGCAACGACGUAAACCUCGUCAGCUUGCUAGACACGCUUACGCAAAGCAUCCAAAGCACGCGCGAGCUUGGACGGAAGUUCGGAGUGGUUGAUGCAGCGAGGAGUAGGACCAAGUUCCAAGAGAAGGUAGAUAGACAGCUUUCGAUGCAAGGGUCAGACUCGGUGUAUAGCCAGGGAAUGAUGGGGAUGAUGCAGGCAGCAGUGCCCAUGAGGAUGGAUGAGGAGUAUUAUGAUGCUUGA